CCCCCCGCCCGAAGCCGCCGCGCUCCGCCCUCCGCGGGGCCGGGGCGGGACCCGGGGCCGGGCGGAACCCGCCGCCCCCCCGCCCCGAGCACAGACGUCCCGGCGGCGGCGAGCGGGGAACCGGGAGUCGGGAUCCCAGCGCCUCCCGCCGCUCCAUGGCCCCGGCCGCGGCGGCGGAGCCCAGUGCCCGCCACCCCCGGGGCACCGGCCCCGGGCCCGGCUCGGAGCGGCGGCCGCCGGAAGAGCGGCUGAGCCGGACGAGACGAUGACUGUGGAGAGCACGGAGACCAACGGGCCCCUGCGGGAGCCGGAGCUGGGGGGUCCCAAGGCUCCGGUGCCCCCCGUGCCCUCGCGGCGCCGGGGCCGCCGCCUGCGGCGCAAAUCCCCCCCGGAGAGCCCGGUGAAGGGGCAGCUCCGCAUGCGCUCGCCGGCCGGAGCCUUCGUCAUGGUGGGCAUCUCAGUGGUCCUGGUGGGCAUGACCAUCGCCGUGGUGGGCUACUGGCCCCACCGGGGGCACGGCGGCACCGGGGCCGGCGGAGGCAACGCCAGCGUGGCCGGGGACACGAGGAGGGAGGUGGCAGCUGCGCGCCACGGACCCCACAGUGAGAAGCUGAAGCUGAUCGGCCCCGUCAUCAUGGGCAUCGGGCUCUUCAUCUUCAUCUGCGCCAACACGAUGCUCUACGAGAACAGGGACAUGGAGACGCGCCAGCUGAUGCAGAAGGGGCUCUACGGCAUGGCCGGGGGGCUCCCCGAGGGCGCCGGCCCCGAGGACGGGCACUGCCAGCACGGGGAUGGCCCCAAGGCCAACGCCGAGUGCGUGGAGGGCUGUUACCAGGUGGACCUGUCCUGCCAGCCCUGCCCCGGCCCUGGCAGCAAGUGGUCCGACUGCUACAGCCCCAAUCGGCUCCAGGCCAUGGCAGAGUUCCUGCAGCACCCGGCGGGAUCCCCCGCGGCCUCCCUGCGCAGCCUCCGCUCCGGCGCCUCCACCGAGGCCAACCUUGGCCUCCCGCGCCACGCCGGGGCCGAGUCCCUGCUCUGCUCGGCCGUGGGUGCCCUGGCACUGCCCGUCAUCAAGCUCAACAACUGCCUGCUGGACGCGGCGGCGCGAGGGGCUGGUGGGAGGGUGGGCCCUGCUGAGCAUCCCCCCGAAACACCACGGCCCUCCCGGGCCCCGCUCUCCGUCGGCGACAGCGUCACAGCGUGUGGCCAGGAUUGUGGUGGUGGUGGUGGUCACACCGUCAUUGACAUGGAUGGUGCAGAGCUGGUGGCAGCAGAUCUCAGCCCCGAUGCGCAGCUCCACACCCCGGGACACUCCAAAUCCCUGGACCUCGGCCGGCCGGGGGUGCUGCUGGUGGCCCCCAUGAAGGACCGUAAGAACCGGAGCUGGCCCCGGCUGGACCACGUCAGCCUGGUGGGCUACGCCAAACUGGAAAGCACCGGCGAGUCCUCGGACCGGCUGCUGGAGCCCAGCGAGCCCCCGAGCCGGGCAGAGCCCCGGCCCAGCUCCUGGGUGGUGGGCACAGAGCAGGGCACGCAGGUGUGACACCCCUGGGGACCACGACAUCACAGCCCCUCGUCCUGGCCCCCAGAACCCACCAGCGGCCCCGAAAGCCCCUCUCAGGAGGGGUUUGUUUGUAAGCAGGUGCCAAGAGGAAGCUCCUGACGCGCCGCUCCCAGGGGAGGACUCGCCUGGGGUGGGAUGUCCUUCCUGGUGGAUGCCCUUGGCCUUACAACCCUUCUCCUGGUGGCUUUUCUGGAGGAGCCCCCACUUUAAGACCCAACAAACUGUGGGAUGGGGAUGUGGGGGUGAGUGAAGCCUCACCAGCCCCUGCAGCACUUUAUUUCAGUGGGGUUGGGGUGGGGGGAUGAUCUGGGGGGUGGUGGCCACUUGUCCAGUCUCAGCCCGCCAGAAAAUUUGCUUGCCCAGAGCACGUAAGCCCGACAGGGCUAUUAAAUAUUACCUGGAUGCCACGUGGUCCUGCCUCGCCUCCUCCUGUUCCCAAGGGAUCCUCAGGGUGGGCAGUGCCAGCAGCAGCCGGUCCAGAGGGUCUCCAAGACCUUGUGCCCCCACCCAGGCUGUGCUGGAGAAGGGAUGCUCCAUAACCAGCUGCUGAAUAUUUGCAGGAUGAGGUGAUAAGCUCAAGGUUUGGUUUGUUUUUGGUUUUUUUUGUAGAGGAGGGAUGCUAAAGGGAUGCCCAGGGAGCUGCAGGUGGUGAGCAAGGUGCUGCUGCCCACCCAGAGCGUGGCAAUUCCCAGAGCCUGUCUGUGGAUCCAGGUUUAUUUGUGCUGGUUUUUGGAAGGGUGCAGGAGGAGGGAUGUGAAGGAGCAGUGAGGUGGGUGAGUGUCGUGUUAUUUGGUGCCCUUUGGAUGCAGAACAGGAGCUGCACAGGAUGAGGCCGGAGAGGUGGGAGCUGGGGGUUCAUCCCAUCCUGUUCUGCUCCCUCCAGCUCUGAAUGGCUGAAAUACGUUUUAUCUGCAUGAAAUAUCUGGGAUUUUUUUAUUCCUGUCUCUGCUUCUGCCUCUCUCUGGCCUGAAGUGAGCACAGAGCAUCAGACCUUGCAAACUUUGGAGUCAACAUCCUUCUCCAGACCAAAACAUCCCAGCAGAAUGGCUGGGGAAUUGCCUUUUCUGGCAAAACCCCCUUUUUUCUCAAAAAGCAACCCCCCACAGUGGUUUUUUUUCCUGCUUUACGAGGAAGAGCUGUCUCUGUUUCCCUCACAGGGAGGUCAGAACCAGCACCCCCCUGAGCAGGGGACAGAGACGGGGCCGACAGCUGCGGUUUGGGGCCGGUUGCAUCCCGAAGGAUUUGCUGGCAGCGACACCAGCCCACAGCUCAGCUAUUUAUUUGGCUGCUGAAUCUCAACAUUAUUUAGGCACUGCUUCAGUGCAACAAACAGCAACAAGAAAAAGUCACCGGCAGGGUCUGCCCUGGAGCAGCAUCCCAGGGGGAGGGCCAGGAGGUUGUUUUUGUCCGAAAAUAACUUUUUAUUUGGGCUCAACCAGCUGCAGCCAGAGCUCAGGCCGGGCCCUGGGCCACGAUUCAGGAACCAGCAGCAAGAAAUUGGAGCCUGAAGCACCACAAGGAGCUGCACCAGGAGCUACUGGGGGGUUUUGUUUUCAUUUUUUUCCCUUCGUUUUUUGGCUGGGGCUCAGCUUGACUGUGGGAAGUGGCUGGAUCACAGGGGAACCUGCCUGGACCACGUGCCUACUCCAGCAUCCUCCUCCUGCCCCAUCCUCCUCCUGCCCAGCUCAGCAGCGUCCUCCAGGGAGGCACUUCUGAGCCACGCUGGGAUUGUUUCAAAAUGCAAAGCUGCUUGAUUAAUUAAUCUGGCAGGGUGAGAUGACCCGUGCCUUCUCCAGGGAGAGCAUCAUCUGUGCAUCCCUCACUUUCAGCUCCAGCUGUGGACACCGUUUCCAGAGAAUCUGUGGGAUUUUAACAGUGCUGGAUUCAGAGGGUGGAUGCCAUGGAUGCUGUCCCCACAGCGUGCUGGCAAUAAACUGGGCAGGGAUGGGGCUGGGUUAGAAAAGAAAUUAAAAGAGAAAAUAGAAAUAUCCCCCCUGGAUGGAUCCCUUGGCUGGCCCUGCUUGGCUGCAGAGGUGGGAAGUGAAACCAUCCUGGAAGCCUGGAAGAUGUCUCACUGUGCAGCCUGUGAAGGGCAGUGCUGGGUGGUCUGUCCUGCCCAGGAAUGGGCUGGAUACACUAUGGAUUAAAUAUCCAGCUGUUCUCACCCACUGGAAUAUCCCAUCUCAGGAGGUGCCCACUGCAGGAGGAGAUUCCUGCCAACUCAAGAGGGAUUUUACCAGAAACACCAGCAAAGAAAAUCAGGGGGUUAUCCCAAAUACCAACACAUCCAGCCUGGCCAGGACUGACCCUGGGGUCCAUUGGGCCAGAGGAUGGACACUGGAGCAGCCAGAGACCCCAUUAAUUGCAGUUACCCCCCACCUCAAAGGGCUGGUGCACGGCUAUGGGGUAAAAUGUGGAAAAUGGGUUUGGGGGAAACCACUGCCAUAGGCUGUGUGUGGGACAGGUGCCCUGGGAGGGUGCAGACCCCACUGAGGGCUGUAAGAGGGUCUCCCAUGCCCAGGGACACCCCAGUAGUGCUGCUGGGGCUCCAGAUUUGCUGCUGGGACACCUCCAUCCCCCAGGGAGGGGCUACAGGUUGCAGGGGGGGUUAUUAACACUCCCCCAAGCCCCUCAAACAGCUCUACAAGGAGCUGGGGCCAAGGACUGUGCAGCUCCAAUGGGGCAGGUUCAGUGCCAGCCCGAGAAACACCCUGCAAAGGGGCAAAAAGUGGGGGAUGGAGAGAGAAGGGCCGUGCCAAAAAAAGUCAGCUCCAAACAGCAAAGGAUCCAGACCCAAACCCUGGAGCACAAGAGCCGCGGGCACACGGAAUCAGCCACAGCCGGGGACGAUCAGCUCCCACCCCACACCUGAUGCUGCUCAGCCCUCGGGCUGGUUUGCAGCCCUUCCUGCCCUCCCUCCUCCUCUUCUCGGGGUCACAGUCAUGAGUCUGCUCGGUCGAGGAGUCCUUCCUUAAGAUUUCAGGUCGGUGGGAAGGCGGGGGCUCUGCUCCCGGCUCUGCUCUUGCAGUACCGCCGGGGAAAGGCUGCGGCGAUAUUUGGGGUGAGCGAUGCCGAGGUGCUGGGAAGAUGAAGUGCCGGGGACAGUGUGACCUGUGCGAGGUGACGGUGCAGCCCCUCCUGCUUAAAGAUGACCCUGGUGGGUGUGGGGAGCUGAAAACCUCUAUGACCUUUCGGCAGAGUACGCAGGGUGCUGCUUUUUGUUGCUUUGUUUUAAAAAAACAAGGCAAUAAUGUGAUACAAAAAGCCUCUCUGCUUUGAUGAGCCAGCACUGAGCCGAGGGCACCCAUCCUGGCACUUCCCAGGAUCUGAGGGAGCCGGGAUGAGGCUGGAGCUGGGGUGGGUUUGGGGGUAGUUGCUUAAUUUUGGUUUUUCUUUAUUUUCUGUGGGUGUGGGGUGUCCUCCACAUCAGCACCCUAGGAGCUGCACAUUUCUCCUGCUGCAGAAACGGGCUGAGCAAUGUGGGAUGAGCCCCCUGGGGCUGGUCCAGGUGGGAUGGGGUGAGCCGAGCUCCAAAGCCAGAGUCCCCCCCAGUGCUAUCAGUCAUUGAGUGGCAGGAGCUGGAGCCCAAAUCUCCAGGGCUUUGGCUUGGAGUCCGUAUGGAACCACUGGGGGCAAAAAGGGGAAAGGAAAGGAAAGGGAAAGGCAAAGGAAGGGAUGCCCACAGACUUGCAGGUGUCCUGCAGUGGUGCUUUCUUGGGGGCCUGGGGAUGGAGCAGGAAUGAACACAGUGCUGUGGGAUGAGAGGUCACUCCCUGCCUCUGGCUUUGACUUUUCCCUCAGUUUCCCCAGUGAAGGAGCUCAGGGCUGGGCUCAGUGUGUCCAACCUGGCCCAUUGCAAAUGUAAUGCCUCCAUUUCAACCCUAUUUAUUCCAGACCCUGAAUCCCCCUGGGCUCUCUCGGUUGGAAGUGAGGGAGUCACCCCACUGCUGCAAUUCCCCCUGGAGCCCUGAGGGCACUGCACUGACCCCCUGAGAACACAAGUGGCUGCUGAGCCCCUGAAACGGGAGGAACAACCCAAAAAUAGCCGAGGGCUGGAACAAACUGGAGUUUGAAUGGGAACUUUCUCCUCCUGGUGUGACGGCUGCUCCUCUGGGAUGGAGAUAUAAGGAAGGACCAGGGAUGGGCGAUGAGUUUUUGUGGCUCCUUCCCAAAUGAUGGGACCUCCAAGAGGGAGGCAUUGCCUUUGGUGUGGGAUCUGGGGGCUGGAGCUGGCAUGGGGCCACCCAGGAGCUGGGACUGGGCCCCCGGGAGCUGUGGGGAGCUGCUGCUGCCUCCUGCGGGGCCAGGACAGGGGCUUGGGGUUUGGGGUUUUAUUUAUUUGCAUCUGCAUUGCCAUGGUGUUUGUUUGUCUAAUAUUUUCCCUUGCUUGUAGCCAGGCAAAAUGCCACAGCAAAGUUACCACACACACACACCCUGCUCUGGCUGUCAGGGGGGUAACCCUGGGCUUGGGACACCCACCCCGAGGGGCUGGAAUGGGGGAGCUUUAAGGAAAAGCCUUUCUAGGUGUGGUGGUCUCCUGGCUGACAGCCCCAGGGCUCGGUGAAGGGUUGUGGUGGGUGUUUGCUGUCCCUGUGCUUGUCCCCCGGGAAAAUGAGCUGGGGACACAGUUCCCCUGGGAAUUUUGGGGGGGGGGCUGCAGUGUGCCCUGUGCUGGGGGUGUCCCUUCAGUGGUGAUGGCAACGCUCCUGCCCAGCAAACUGUUGUGUCUUGGGUGGAUGGGCCAUGUGGGAGCAGGUCCCACCGAUGUCCCUGCAGGGUGUCCGUGACAGGGACAGGCUGGGAGCCCCUUGGGGACCAUUGUUAGCCCAGUGUCCCCUCACCACGAGGGUCCCAGGGCUGAUGAUGUUCUUUCAGGACACCCCCCCUAUUGCCAUGGGAGCUGGGAGCCCUGGGACAGACUGGGAUCAGCUUGGAGCUGCUCCCUGGGCAAUGCUAAAGUGGGGACACAGCUGAUGCCUUGGCUGCAGAGCAGGAGACUGACACCCCAAAGCGCAGCUGAGCAGAGGGGUGAAGCCAUUUCUUGGUUGUUUCCCCCAGACACGCUGGCCUGGGGGCUGUGGUCUGUGCUGGGCUGUCACAUCACACCAGUGCAUUGUCUGGAGGCACUGGGAGCUCCACAAGCCCCAGCUCCCCAAGACAGGGCUGGUUUUGGCAUGACCCUGCUGGGGUUGGACAGGGCAGGAGCCACAGCCUAUGCUGGCCCAGGGAGAUAAUGUGACACACUCAGCUCUGCUGCAGAGCUGGGAGUAAAUUAUGGGAGUAAAUCCCGACCCUGACACGUUACAGGAAAGCAGCUCCAGUGGUGGCAGAUUCCCAACUCUCCAGGGUCGGUCUCUGGGGGCUCCUUUGUAAGUUUGGCUUUACAGCAUGUACAGAUUUAAUACUUGGAGAGGCUUGCAAGCAAACAGGCCUGGGGCAGGGUGGGAGAGGCGAUGGCUCUGUCUGGAGCAAUGGGAAUUCGUGGGGCUUUCAGUAUCUGACAGGGGCCAUGUCCCCCUUCCCUCUCCCCUCUGCCACAGGGGGUGGUACCUCAGCAGCCCCAGGGCUGCCCUUGCCCCCAGGGCUGCUCUUCCCAGCCAGUUCCCAAUCUCCAGCAGCCCUAACUGGGCCAGCUGGCUUUUGUUCUCUGUCAGGCUGGUGGCCAAGAUGCCCUGUCAGCUUUCUGCUCCGUGUUUCUGUCCCUCCUAAAGGUGCUGCAGCCAGAAAAAAAAAAAAAAAAAAAAGAGAUGGGACCAAAAAAAUAGAUGGAUGUGACAUUUCCUCCCUGCUCCAGUUCAGUCAUGUUCCCUCGGGCUGGGCAGCAGCUGCUGAGCACCAGCCUCACCUGGGGGAAUUCUGGAUCUCAAAAAGGAGGGUUUUUUAUCAAGUGAUGCUGCUCUAGGAAAAACUUGGACUCUGGGAAUCCCUUUUACCUCACCUGGGUGAAUUCCAUAGCUUCAAAGGGAGGUUUUAUAUCAAGUGAUGCUGCUUUAGGGAAAACUCUGGGAAUCCCUUUUGGGGGGGCUUUGGUCUUGCACGUGGCCCCACUGGGAGCUGUUUGGAAGGGUCUGAAGGCACCAAGAGCCCAGAAGAAUGCUGGUGGUGGAGGCUGGCACAGGGCUGGGAGAGCCACAGCUGCGUUUGGAGGGGCAAUGGGUCUGGUUUAGGCUGGAAAAACCAAAUUACCAUGAAGCCAGGUUGGGGAGAAAAAUGUGGAGGAGGGUGAGAAGAAGGAAGAAAGGUUCCAGGGCCAGGGAGAGUGUUUUGUUUGAAAAUUUAUUGAAAAAUUCAAUACAAGAAGCAAUACUGAACACUUAGGUCUGUCUAAACGCUACAGCAACUUUCCCUUUGAUUCACUAUGAAAAUCCAAAAUAACAGCUCCCAUCACUAGUUGAUCUAGAAAGAUUUGCCAACUUUAAAAGUUACUAUUUUUAUAAAGAAGAGUGUAAAUGCCUACCCUAGACAAUUCACAAUUGCCUUAAAAAAAUUUUACAAAGCUCCUUCAUCUUCUCAACUAAAUUAUUUUAUUUAUUUUUAUGACUUUUUUUUUUCUUUUUUUCUUUUCUUUUUUUUUUUUUUUACAAGUUGCACCUCUAAGGCUGGGACACUACCACCUCUUAAGGUAAUUGUACAAUUAGGAAAAUCAGCAAACCACAGUUUAUUUAAAACCAGAAAUCAGUCAGUCCUUUGCUAACACAUCUCUGUUGGUCAGGGAUUGCUAUCAGGCAACUGGAGCCACCGUUCCAGUUUCAUGGAGGAGAACAGGAGCUCCUUGCCUUCCUCUCUAUAAAAACAUUCAUUCAUAUAUAAAUAGCUUCCAUAUAAUGUAUAUUAUACAAUCAAGACAGUCUCUGGGUGAAUUUGUGGAGUGGGAAGAGCUGGGAACAUUCAUAUAAAUAGACCUUACUUAGCCGGUUUGUCCCUCGAGCUGACACAGCACUGCUCAGAGCCAAAGAUCUUAAAUCCCACUGGAGGUGGAAGGGGUGUGGGCAGCCCCACCACGGCCCUGGAUGAGGGGGGAAGAAGCUUCUUCUGCUCUUAACUUUUCUCUUCUUCCCAGGCUGCUGCUGCUCCCAUCCAGCUCCCGGGCUCGGGCGCCGCACGUGUCGGCGGGAGAGGGUCAGUGGGAAACCCCCGGGGUCGGACAGCAGGUGAUGGCAAAGGGCAGACGAGGCCAUGACUUGUUUAAAAUACUCAAGGAGAAGCAAGAACUCUGCAGGGGGGGGAAGUGUGAGAGUGGACAGCCUGGAAAUGGCCACCCAAAAUCCAGGGGAAAAGGAAAAUACGAGCCCUUAAAAAGGGACGUCCGCAGCCACGGCGGGCACGUCCCUUUGGGAAGGAACCACCUCUCCUGCCAGCAGGUUUCUCACCCCCAGAAAUCCCCUGCUCAGGGUGUUUUGUCCCACUCAUUGUGCUCAGGGCACAGGACACCCCAAGGGAACACCCAGGGACCAGGUUCCCCUCAAUUCUUGCGGCAGCCAAGUGCCUUUAAGUGCUAUGGACAAACUUAAUUUAUCACACUGGCUCUGCCUGGUAAAGCCCAGAAACCCUCUCAGCCGCUACUCCAUGUGCCCAUUCCCUCCUCAGGUGGCUGCUGCAGGUGAGAAGGAAGGACUGAGUGGGGAAAAAAGCUAAAUUCCCAGAAAAAGGACAGUGCCAGAGGGUGCUCAGCAUGAGGGGUGUUUAAGGCAAGCGUUACCCAACUAAGUUGAGGACAGCAGGGACACAGACCUGCUCCAAGGUCUGCGUGGCAGAACAAGGAAGGAAGGGGCUGUUCAGAUAGGUAGAGGAAGACUUAAUCUCUACACUGCAGCUGUGGGGCCCAGGAGUCCCUAAAUCCCCAGAGCAGGAUGCCCUGUGGAAGGCAGAGCACCCCAGGAGGGGAUCCCGCACCCGGAGCAGCCCAGAAGCAGCUGUUGGCAUGGGAAGGCUGGAGGCUGAGCAGGGGCCAGCAAGGCUCUAGGAAAGCCAAAAUCCAGCAGCUCCAGCAGAGUCUCCAAUCAAUACUGACAACUUAAUUAAAAUUGCACCUGAAUCUGAGAAGCUGCAGCAGCCCUGGUGCAGUUCCAAGGCUGUUUGCAGCUCGACAGCGAGUCGUUGCAGCCUGAGCUAAAUCCAGUGACUUCUGAAACACAUCAUUCAAAUUUGAAACUGGAGAGAGCUUUUUCUUUAUUGCCAUUUUCUUCCUAUCCUCGCCUGAGGAGCAGCAGAGCACUCCCUGCCCUCAGCUACCAAUGUGCCACACACUAUAUAUAUAUAUAUAUAUAUAUAUUUA